AUGCGGACGACGGAUAAUGUUCAAGUCGCAUCCUUUAACUGGAUUGAACGUGUAUAUAUUAGCUUCAAAAAACGAAAAUGCAAUCCAAUUGAACGUGUAUGGGCUCCGUUGAACGACCAUAUGAGAAUGUCCGACAGAACCGCAAUGGAGAACUUGUAUACAUUGUCGAGGGGUGUUGUUGAAACAUUUGGAGACAUGUAUUUGCCGAAACUUUCGUUGCAUGAUUUGCAAGAAUUCUUUACAACAAAGGCAAAGGAAAACAUAGUCAUGGAAGUAGAAAACACACUACACAUGAAGGUUGGCGAUGGAGAAUCAAGCUACGCGAGUAACUCAUUUCUUCAGGAAAUUGUCAUACGGAAAACACUGCAUGUUUUAAAGCAUACAAUAGAGGCUAUUCCAGGUUCCUUUUAUGGUAGGCUCUUUCCAGAUGAAAGCUUACACCUUGUUCACUCCUCUUAUGCUCUUCACUGGCUUUCUAAGGUACCUGAAGGCAUUGAAAACAACAAAGCAAAUAUAUACAUGGCAAAAACAAGUCCUCCAGAUGUGUUUAAAGCAUAUGGAAACCAAUUUUAUACUGACUUUAUAAAUUUUUUACAACUGCGCUCUAAGGAAGUAGUACGUGGUGGGUGCAUGGUUUUAACAUUUCUUGGUCGGAGUAGUGCUGAUCCAACCACUGAUGAUGGUUGCCGUCUUAUGGAGCUAUUAGCACAAUCACUUCUAGAUAUGGUCAAAGAGGGGCUGGUCGAAGAAUCAUUUAUCAACUCAUUCAAUCUCCCCUAUUAUUCCCCAUGCGAGGAUGAAGUCAGGAAAGCUAUUCACAAUGAAGGAUCCUUUUGUCUUAAUACCUUUAAUGUUUUUCAAGGUAACUGGGAUCCAUAUGACACUGACUACACAAAUUUGGUAGAUUUGAAUGAGCAGAUCAGCCACAUCCAUGCCAAAAACUGUGCUAAAGCUCUCAGAGCUGUUAUUGAACCGUUGUUGACAUCUCAUUUCGGAAAUUCAAUAAAUAUUGAUGUGUUAUUUCAGAAGUUGCAAAUGCAUGUGGCCGAAGAUCUAGCAAACAAGAAAACUAGAUACUUUAAUAUAGCCAUUUCAUUGUCUAAAAAAUGAGCUAUCAUGUUAGAUUAGUCACUUGGCUGUUUUAAAUCACUCAACUGAUUUUUAAUUUUUUUCUUCUUUUUGUCAUUUUUGUAUUUUGUUGUUUAUUUCUUAUUUGUAUUUUUCUCAUUUUGUUGUUUUUGUAUUAUAAUAAAUUUAAUAAUAAACAUAUAAAACUAAUAGUAAAUGAAUUAUAACUUUUUUAA